AUGGCCAACGGCACCAACGCCUCGGCCCCGGACUAUGGCUACGAGUACUACCUGGACUACCUGGACCUCAUCCCCGUGGACGAGAGGAAGCUGCGAGCCCACAAGCAUGCCGUCGCCAUCGCCUUCUGGAUGAGCCUGGUGGCCUUCGUGCUGCUCCUGCUCCUCGUCCUGCUCGCCAUGUCCUGGGCAGGCUCCCCGCCGGCGCGGAACCACGCCCAACACCAACCCUCCUGCCCCUGGGGUCUCUGCCUGCACCUCCCCCUCCGCUCCCUGAGGCACCUGCUGCUCCACAGGGUCCCCUACGGGGCCCCACCGGCCCCGCCACAGCAGCUGCGGCGGGAGGGCCCCGCCCCCUCGACCUUCACCGCGCCCCAGGCCCACCCUGCUCUCCCGCAGGAACAGGCCCCCAGCGGGGACCCCACGGCAUCAGUGGACGUCGGCCACAAGCCCAGCUGGCCGCCCCCCGGACACGGACCCGACCCUGGCAAACUGCAGCCACUGCCGAGCGACCCAUGA